CCCCCCCCAGCCCCAGUGGCCUAAAAUCCAUUCAGCGGUUGCAAGCCAAAUCUUGCAACCAAAUCUCGCGCUAUCCACUUGCUUUGUCUCUUAAGUAUGAAUGAUGAUUGGAAAUCAGCGGAAGAGAGACAUUUCGUGUUGCCAUUAGUGGAUGGAACGGGUUGCCUGAAUCAGCCAGAAACCAGUAACUUAGUAGAGUUUAAAAGUUUGUAAUUGACACACGUGUCUAGGACUAAAUGAAGGCAGGAUACACUUAGUAAGGGAUAACCUUUUUUUUUUUUUACCUUUUUUUUUUUAAAGGAACGUCUUUAAGUUUAAGCUUACACUUUGUUUUCAAACAUAUAUAGCCUACUCAAUUUGAAAGACAAGAGAACUUGCUCAAUACGUCUUAUGGUAUAAUUUGAGUCAAAUAGUUGUUAGAUAGUUCAUGUACGUAGGAGUAUUAUAAAAGGCGUCUCCUAUACGUCACUCUUCGUAAUAUAAUUUGUCAAGCUCACCAAGACAACAAGCUGUAUUGCUUUACAUUUAUUCUACUAAUCAGUGGAAGCUUGCUGUAAAGCUAAAAAAAAAAAUGGUCCUAAAACCAUGACUAGCUAGACUACGCAAUCAAAAGCAUUUAGAGUAUUCUGGAAUCUAUUUGGCGAAGGUAGUUUCUAAAAAGAGGAUGAUUGGAGUAUUGAACUAGCCACUACCAAUCUUGUCAAUGUUUAUGUACACUUUUGUUUACGCUUACUUGGUGAUCUACUUCUAUAUGGGGCCAAGUGUAAACAUUGUGUUUACUUAUGUAGACGUAGAUCUUGUAAUUUUGUAUAAUUUUCAUUUCCCUGUUGGUCACUAUAUGUCCUGAAUACAUUUUCUUACCAGCGGUACACGUUUUAAAGUGGAGUUUUCUCACUGUUUAGUUUGAUGUUACUAAAUGUAAACAUGCUUAUUACGUUGUAUGGCCUUCUGUAUGUACACCAAUCGCUAUCGCAGUAAUCAAAUCACGUGAGCAAACACAAUUUACAUAAUUAUAGCGUGUGCGUGUCUACCAAAGCAGAAUGACGGAAACGACUGAAAGUAAAAAAUCAAGUUUUUUUUUUCUCAUUGGCUGUUGUGUUUAUUGUGUGUAUGUUCCAGGUAGGAGCCCCAUUUCCUGUGGUGAGACUAGAGCACGUUGCAUUCACAGCGUGCAAUCAUCCAGAUUAUGUCUGUCCAAGUUGUUCCGCCACACACAAGAGAAGGGGGUGUGGUGUGUUCAUUUCAAUCUAAGUCAAUAGAAAUAGAUAGGUUUCAGAUCAGCGGUGUGGUUUCUAAAAGAGUGUGUGUUUGUAUACUACGGCGCCGUGUGAACCAGAAUUAGUAUGAAGAGUAAAUGCAGUGGAGUUCAAUGAAUUAUGGGGGGAAUAUCGUCUGCAACAAGCAUCCAUUGCCUCCCUUCUUGGCACAUCCCACGGACACUGGACACAUGAUUGUAGAGUCAAUAUAAGCUUGGUCAUCUGGAACACGUGAAAGUUUUUACACACUUAUUGGAGGCAUGAUGUAAAGAAACGUGAAGGUCUUUUUGCACAAGUCUUUUGAUGAUGCAUUGUUGUUUUUUUUUUCCUCGCCAGAAUCGAACCCUGUCACUAACGAUCGUUCCAAAGCCACCCACUCCUGUUUCCUUUCCCAGGACGUUCUUGAAAUGUCUAAGUCACGUGACCUUAGUUUGGGACUGUUACAAGACUUGGGGCAGUGUCUCUUUACACGCUAGGCCAAUGAGAAGGCGGUCUUCCAUUGGCGGGAAUGAAAGCUUUCUGUCUGAGCUCGGCACAAGCUCCAAUGUCUACUUUUUAGAGAACCACUCUAACGAAAUGAUUGUUCUUGAGCUAUUUAACAAAAAUCGAUGGUUGAAAUUAAACUUUAUUUUGUCUUUCUGGUGGUUGGAACUAGACUUUGUUCAGUCCUUCUGGUGGUUGGAACUAGACUUUGUUCAGUCCUUCUGGUGGUUGGAACUAGACUUUGUUCAGUCCUUCUGGUGGUUGGAACUAGACUUUGUUCAGUCCUUCUGGUGGUUGGAACUAGACUUUGUUCAGUCUUUCUGGUGGUUGGAACUAGACUUUGUUCAGUCCUUCUGGUGGUUGGAACUAGACUUUGUUCAGUCCUUCUGGUGGUUGGAACUAGACUUUGUUCAGUCCUUCUGGUGGUUGGAACUAGACUUUGUUCAGUCCUUCUGGUGGUUGGAACUAGACUUUGUUCAGUCUUUCUGGUGGUUGGAACUAGAUUUUGUUCAGUCCUUCUGGUGGUUGGAACUAGACUUUGUUCAGUCCUUCUGGUGGUUGGAACUAGACUUUGUUCAGUCUUUCUGGUGGUUGGAACUAGAUUUUGUUCAGUCCUUCUGGUGGUUGGAACUAGACUUUGUUCAGUCCUUCAGGUGGUUGGAACUAGACUAUAUCUUGUCUUUGUGUUCAAGUUUGAGAUCAAACAUUUAUGCUUCGAUAGUUCUGCCAUAUCAUUUACCUCAGAAAUAUUAAACCUAGAUUAAAUCUAGAUUUUCUUGAUUCAGUAACACGGCUCCUGACUAUAGCAUCUGAGAAUAGUUGGGCUACACGAAUUGCUCUUCUGGAUUUACAUAUUACCAACUACAUCGGCAGAAUGAUGAUCACAUCACGAAUCUUUGUGUUGCUGGUUAAUGACUAUAAAAAGUCGUAUCUACAUUUCCAGCGUUAAUGUGCUUGUAAAGUGCAAAGUUCAACUGAUUUGGUAUCCAGCCUCGAUGUGAAUGUAGCUGUCACACCAAACCUCCUGUAUUAAUCCAAAGUCUCUGGAAUUUAUGAAUGAUGUGCUCCACUAGUAUGCACAUCUAUUUAUAAAUUUUGAUCUGUUGAAAUCGUAUGCAUGGCCUUGUGGGCCAUGACUUCUUCAGGCGAGGUAACGUGAUAUUUAUUACUUGGGAUUCGCAGUAGGUAUUGUGGGUAAUGUUUGGAACAACUGGUUCCAAGUUCUAAUUCAAUCUGGUUAUUUCACGAGUCACCGGGUUUAUAUAUAUAUAUAUAUAUAUAUAUAUGCCAGAUUCUAUGUCUACAACGGUAUUAUUUAGUGAUUGGUUCACUGUUUUUUUUUAGAGGGGUGUGUGUGUGUUUCUAUGGUGACGCUGGGAAGAGGUUAGCGAUUGGUUGUGAAUGAUGCAAGAUAGGUGGCAGUGUCGUCAUUGGUUUUAGGGCAGACGACUCCUGAACGUGAGACUGGAAGGUUGUGUUAUUGUAGUGAAUUCGAUUUUGUUUAAAAGUAUUACUAAAGUCUACUACAUUUAUUUGACCUCGUAUCACCUAGAUGUUAUCCAUAGUGUAAAAAAACAGUUAUAUUUAGUAUUGUUUACGAAGAAGUUACACAACUCAUUAUCACCUAGAUGUUAUCCAUAGUGUAAAAAAAACAGUUAUAUUUAGUAUUGUUUACGAAGAAGUUACACAACUCAUUGAAGUUUUAUUAGUUAAGAUAUAAUGCGCCUACAUCGGUUUAGUUGUCUACCAGCAGUUUGGCGCUACAAGUCAACGACCGUUAACAAGGGGGGAUUUAUACAUAGAGACAUCUAGGUCUGUAGUCUAACACGCUAGAAGCUAAUCAACUAGGAGUAGCAGAUACCGUAAGUUGGUCUGGCUCGGUGGUCUGCUACUGACUGAAGUGUGGGUGUGUAUACAACUGUGUAUGCAUGUGUGACUACGUGGUGUGAACUAGUGUGAAGACAUGGGGUCAAGAAUGUGGUGUGGGAGGGGAGGGACUCAAGACUGCCCCUACUGCCAUUUAAUGAAUGAACUGACAAUCAGGUCAUUUCACUUAGCGCUCCGGUGUUGACGUUUCUCUACUUCACGUAUAUUUUGUUACCAAGCUGCUGCUGUUGCUGUUUUUUUUUUCUUCAGAAUCAAGUUUAUUACAAACUCAAUCCGUCUGUCUGUCUGGGUGGAAUUUCGUUACACUUUAUUUCUCCAACUUCCCAUUCUCUGGUCAAGAUAAAACGUUGCACAGUUUAGUCCUUCUCGACGAGAACACAUGAAUCAUAAAGUUCAUCAGUCAUCAGUCAUAAUUAAUUGAUUUUGUUUUAUGUAGAAAAUGUAUUCAACUUAGGGGACAAUUAGGUCGUUCGCAAACAAUUUUGAACGAACAAUAGACUAUAAACGUUUCAUUUUAUAAGUACUUGAGUAGCUCAUUGGCUAACAUGUCGGCUUUCAUGGAUGCUUUAGAGUCUAGACCUUGAAUUUGAAUUCAGACGCGAGCAACUUUUUUUGAUUAAUUUGUUUUUGAAAAGGCAGCACGGAAACCUUCUUCCAGAUACCCCGUUCCAGUCUAUAAAAAGUGAUUGGACCAAAGCGCACUGUACAUGCUACAAGCAUGGGCAUUUCGCUAAAUAAAAACAAUGUAAAUAUUUCCAUUCGCCCAAAUUAAUUUUUAGUCUCGAUGUCUUCAAAAUUAAUGGCAGGAUUGAUUUAAAAUAAUUGAUUCAAUUUCACUCGAUACAAGUCUUUUUUUUCCUCUUCAUUUUACUUGUUUAUAAUUUGUAUACGCUUUGUAAUUUCCAUUGAACUUUAUUAAAGGUAUUGUAACGCUGACAAUAUGUCGUACGUUUGGUCUAGAUCUGUUUGCAAAUUAAAGUGUUCUGGAACUAAUCCUAUUCUGUCAUGAUAUUACUCUUUACAGCUCCUUUACUUCGACUUGGUUAAAUUGAUAAAACACCUUAUCAUUAUUCUCUUGUGUCAUUCACCCCCUUUGGCAAUCAGGGUUGUACAUUGUGAACGGUAUUUCAACUGCAUUGUAUUUUCUGUCUCUCCUCAAUGUCUGGGUCGUUGAUAAAGCCUUUGAUCAGCCCCGUGAGUCGUUGGGUGCUGAUGAUCACAUCAAUCUUGUGUUUGUGUUUCCACGUUUUAGUGGUCUCCUCGCUAUCUGCCUUGACCCAUGUUAGAUAAAUAUAAACUAUACAUUGAACAUUAAUAAAUACAAACAAAUCUAAAUCAUGGCAUCUACAAAUGCAGGGGUUCUCAACCUGUGGGUCGCGACCCCCCUAGGGGGGUCGAUUGACGAUUUACCAGGGGUCGCCUAAGACCAUCGAAAAUAUGGAUUGUAAUUUUCUAUUCUUCUAUUGCUGCAUGUGUGUGUGUGGAAGGGGUCGCAACAGAGUGAGGGGUUGUAAAAAGGGGUCGCCGAGCAUAAAAGGUUGAGAACCGCUGUACUAAUGGAAUAGUUUUUCGGUUUCAAUAGUUUUUUUUUUUUUUUGUCGGCGGGACAUUUUGGUGUGGGGACUAAAUUAUUGAUCAAUCUGGUGUAAUGAACCUAGUGGGACGCCACUGGAAGAUUAGAUUACGCCACUGCUGGGGUUUGAUUUAUUAAUUUCAAGUGCGAGUGAAAUGGGUUUUAUUACAAGUGAAAGGCACCUGACUUAUUGAUGGGUUCGUCUCCAUUGGGGUCGUGUGAAGGGAUCGUUAGGCUUGUCUCUACUUUCCUCUAUGUCCUCCCCAAUUUGUCCUCUUUCUACUCGUAGCGCCCGGUUUUGGAGUAGAAGUUUUGCUGGAGCCCUUGUUUGAUGCGGGAUUGUCACGACCCGGGGCUUAGAGGUUGUAGUGAUACGUCUGACUCGUACCCCCUCCCGACAUAGGUUAAAUGUUUGUCUGACUUUAGUCACUUUGCCCUAAUGACCUUUAAAGAGACUUUUUUAAUUUUUUUUCUUCACGUUUCUACCAUUUCUAAUGUACUAACUUAUUAAUCAUACUUAAUUCUCCUAUUCUAUUGUUGGUUAGUUUACGAGGGAAGCUAGGAAAAAUGUUAACUUAAUCGAGUGGGAAUCUCAAUGUACAUCUUGUCUAGAGACAACAUUUCUCAUGAUGUUCAAAUCACUUAUGACACCUCAUAUUCUUCUUUUAAUGUCUAGUUUAAUGGUAUAUCUUCAUUUUUUUUUAGAUUAAGUAGUAAAUUUUUUUUAUUUUAGAGUUUAAUCUCUAAAAGUAGACCAUUUAAUUGAAACAGAAGAAUGCUUCUGAGACAGAAAUCUUUUAACAUCCGAAACCUAAAAUGGAACUUUAAUAUUAGUGCUACGUAAAAUUGCAUAAUCAUUUUGUAAUAUUUGUGUGGAUUAUUUCUGCUAACAUAAUAUCUGUUACAUUUAAGAAAAAAAAGCAAAUAAAUUAAGAGCUAAUUCAGUGUUUCCCAAGGUGCUUCUAAAGACAUUGCUGAAUUCAUACUUUCCAAUGAGCUGUAUCUUCAGUUAGAUUUAAAGUCUGCGGUGUGAAGUAGUCUAAACUAUUGCGUGACUCCUUUGUCGAGGAAACUGCAUCGCCAUAGUACACUUGUGACAUCUAGGAAACAAUUGACAAGACUUGACUUUAGCAACCUUUAAUGAGACGGGAAGUACUAUCAACCUUUAAUGAGACGGGAAGUAAAGCUAGUAUCAUAACAACACUCUUAAGUAGGUCAAGUACUGACACAUAUAUUCAUACGUAAACUUACACACACCGUCACGACAUUUUUGGCCGAUUGAAAACUUUCUGAUAUAGAUUUUUUGAAUGGUACAUUAUGAAAGAGAUUUGUUCUCCCCAAUUAACUAGGUGUUAAACACGAACUAAUUCUUUUCAAAAGUGUUCGUUGGUAGUGACGAGGAGCACGGGAUAUCAUUCUGCUCAAUUCUCUUUAACAUUUCGUCUAAUUUACAGUCCCACCAUAGAGCAGGUUCAGUUCGAUGAUGGGGAGACAUGUGGAUGGCAGAGAUUCUAAUCUUUUUAAUAUAUGGACGUACAAUCUCGGGAGUAUCUAAAAACAAAAAAAAAAAAAAUAAAUAAUGGAAGAUCACUAGCUGUCUUUGAAAAUGCGAAUGUGUCUUUAGCGACCAUACUUAUUUUGUUCUCCAUAUAGUAGAAAGUAAAGGCGGUUGGUCGUUGUGCUGGCCACAUGACAACCUCCUUGGCCACAGAAACAGACGACCCUUACAUCAUCUGCCCUAUAGAUCGCAAGGUCUGAAAGGGGAAUUUUACUGUAGAGGCCUAAAGAAGCAUAGGCCUGUAGAAAACAAAUCAAAUGUGCAAAUAAAAACAAUCGUGCCCGGUCUAUAUAUUUCUAUGUCUAUGGUCAAGUAACAUUAGACGUGAAAAUCCAGAGUUCACAUAUGGAAUUAUUUCACACACAUUACAAGCUCGUUGUUGGGUUAACAUUAGUUCUAUUUAUAGUCUCAGGGUUCUACGUCUGUCCUAGGUUGUGCCUACAGACGUCAUGUCGUCUCGGCUUUUCGUCCGCGCGCCAAGUUAACAUCCGAGACUUUGUCGCUGGUACUAGAGCUGUCCCCACCACUUUCCCCACACUGAGAAGAUUGGGGUCUAUCAAAGUGCACGUCAUGGUUCAGAAACGGUGACAAUGAAAAAACUGAACACUGAAACGUCAGCAGGACACGAAUCACUCCAUACCAUUUCGGCAGUUGUCACUGUUGGCGCCUUAGACAGGGCCUCUUCGUUAGUUACGCCUCAGACAGCUGCCCAGUCGGCCGCAGUCUAGAUUCGCUCCACAAAUUAAAAUCCGCGGAUGUUGUGGAAUUAUUAAGUUGAGAUAUUUGUCUCCGAAGCUGUUGACAGCGAUGUUAAAAGUGUUUCUUGCAGUCCGUGAACUAACCCACUUGUUGAUACACAGGCUCUUGCAUUUCUUUGGACUGGUUUUGAGAUGAUUAUUGUGUUUAAAACGGUGAGAAAAACAAACAAAAACUCUAAAUAGAUCAGUUGGAUACGUGUUUCCUGUUGGUUGUGUUCAUGGGAUACAGUCCAGUUAGUGACGUUCCCUUUGCAGACCUGGCGAUCUCUAGAGCAGAUGAGGUUAAGGUUUCUUUGGCCAACGGUUAACGAGUAGGCUGUCGUGUGGCCAGCACAACGACCAACUAGCCCCCAACUAAAGUCAGAUACCCAUUGGGUUUGGUUGAACUCAGGGGCGCCCUGAAAAUCUCGACAUUCAAAACCUUAGUCUUCACCGAGAUUCGAACCCAGGCGCUUAACCACUUAGUUACCGCCCCCCCCCUCCAGUUAGUUCAUGUACUUAAGUACUGCUUGAACAGACUGCUGCUGUUCACGCCUGGUUGUAUUUAUAUUUAUUCAAGUUGUACAUUGAAGCUUCAAUUUUUGUUUAAUUGACC